UUCUUGAGAUGUACCCCCAUGUCUGUUAUUUCUAAGUAGGUCGUACAUUUACUGGCAGGCCGAUUUCUACUUUCGCUUCAAGAGUGAACAUACUUAUUGCACGAUGCCAUUACUAUCAUUAACAUAUAUCAACAAGCAGAGUCGCAAAAGAAUAUCACUUACUCUAUCUAUGUGUUAUUUAAUCCAUUAUAAAGCCGCAAAUGCAAAUAAAUUAUUCGUUGUUCACUGGCUGUCUGUAACUUCCGGCCAUUUUGUUUUUCCCGAAUACCCAAAUGAAAGAUGCGCACUGAUUGGACAAUCGUUUGGCGGAUUUUUUCGGAAGAACUCCAUACUCAUCGCUUAUUUUCAACGUAAACACCUAUGGUGGAAAAGAUGCACCUUACUGAUGGACAGCAACGUGCGCUUAAAAUCGCACUUGAGGGCCACAAUUUGUAUAUUGGAGGCCAAGCAGGUACUGGGAAGUCAGUACUUCUUUCGCAAAUAUUUGAGAGUCUUCAAAACAAAAAAAGUAUUGCACUAACAUGCACUACAGGAAUAGCUUGUACAAACUUCCCUUCGAGAUUUGAUGCAGCCACAAUUCACAGCUGGGCUGGAUUAGAUGAUGGAAGGCAUGAUACUAGUGAAAUUAAAAGCAUUGUCAAACACCACAAAAAGGAUGUAUAUAACAGAAUAUGUGCAACAGAUGUUCUAAUUGUGGAUGAAAUAUCUAUGCUGUCACAAAAACUACUUGAACAACUUGAAGAAGUAUGUUCAUUGAGAGACGAACAAAAAUAUUUUGGAGGCAUCCAGGUAAUACUGUGUGGGGAUUUCAUGCAAUUGCCCCCAGUAAGAAAUGCUAUAUACAAUGACGCUGGGAAUUUCUGUUUCCUCAGUCCACUCUUUGAUACUGUAUUUCCACAUCGUAUCAUUUUAAAAAAUGUUGUGAGACAGAAUGAUAUUGAAUUUGUAUGCACCAUCAACGAAAUAGCUAGAGGUUUUUUAAGUCAGAAAUCAAAGACCUUUUUACAGAGUCUUGAUAGACCACUUCAUGUUCCAUCAAGUGUGAAGCUAUAUGCAACAAAUGAAUUAGUAAAUAGACACAACAGAAAGUGUCUUUUUGAAAUGCCAGGGAUUCAUACAGAGUAUUUAGCAGAGGAUUCUGGAGAGAUUUCUUGUUUGUCUCGAGUCUCAGCACCACAAGUUCUGUGGUUGAAGAAAGAUUGCCCCGUUAUUCUAUUGAAAAAUCUGACCAAAAAGUUUGUAAAUGGGUUACAGGGAACUGUGGUGUCCUGUGAAAGAGAUGGCCCACUGGUACAUUUUGCUUCUGUUGAUGAAACUGUCAAGAUUAAACAAGAAAGAUUUUCAGUAUUCAGUCCUGUGUUGCGAAGAAAUCUUGCUGAGAGGAAGCAAAUUCCAGUCAAACUUGCAUUUGCCUUAACAAUCCAUAAAGCCCAGGGUAUGACACUUGACAGUGUGGAAAUUGAUUGCCAACAAAUUUUCUCCCCAGGACAACUUGGGGUAGGGGUGAGUAGAAUCAAGUCCCCAACAGGACUGCGGCUGAUCAACUUUAAUGAAACUGCUUGUAUCCCUCUGCCGUCCAUCAUUUUCAAGUUCCUGGAUACAUGUACACCCUCAAUGACUCAAGAUGCAGAUCUUAAAUGUUGUAAGAACACAAGAAUCAGGUGUAAUGAAAGGGCAUUUGAAGAAAUUCAUCAUCUUGAACCAAUUGCACAGGAACAUGACAUGUGGGAGAAUGUUGAAGACUCACAUGGUGACAUUGACAGUAUUCUAGAUGAUAUUAAAUGUGUUCAAACUGAUGAUUCAGAAGUGAUUGCAUUACCCGAGGGCUUAGAUAUCCAUACAAUUUUGACAAAUAUUUAUGUGCAAGAUGCAGAGACUACAGUACAAAAACAAACAAAUUGUGUAAUUGAUACACUUUUGACCGGAAAUUUUGACUAUGAUUGUGUGGAAUUAAAAAUUGAUAGGGAAAAUCCUAUAGCAGUAAAACCAGACAAACUCACACAUUUUUUCAAACAGUGCCAUCAGUUUCAAACUUCUGAUGAAUUUAAGGCAUGUACCCUACUGAUGUUUUUUGAUGUGUGCCAAAUUCAUCCUGUAUCACCACAGGUAAUGGCACACAUUGCUUUUAACAUUUUUGUUCAUAUUAGGAAGUUUAUUCUUGGUCAGCUGGAAAAAGUGUACAAAAUUAGGGGUAAAUGUUUUAAAAAAAGAAGUCUCACUGAAGAAAGCUUAGGGAAAGUGAGAUAUUUUGGAGGUUACUGUGUGGCAAAGACACGCCACCACUACAAUAAAGUUCUUCGUCAAAGAAGUUUUAAGAUAGGAGAGUCAAAUCAGAAAAAAUAUGAUGAAGCAUUCACAAUAAUACAGAUCCUAGAUAACUUUAGAGAAAAUGAAAUUAUAAUUGGUGGAACUUCAUCCCUUCCCCAGACACUUAUAGAGACAGCUGUCAAACAGAACAUUUCAAGAGGUCUUACAAAUAUAACAGACAAAAUGUUUCUUUUCUUCAUGUCUGUAUGUGACUUGUGUUUAAGUGUUUUUAUUGAGAAAAAUUUAAACAUUCAUGGUAACAAUAUUUAUGAAGCAUGCAAAGAAAAAAUACAUAGUGAUGGGAAACUUUAUCAGUUAUUCCUUGAUGCAGUUAAUUUUUCCCCUCCUGCUGAAUUUUUACAGUCACAGAGUGUUGAAGUUCUAUUAGAUGAAAUGACUGGCAGAGUAAAUGCUAUAGAAACUUUAUACAAAGUUUUGACUGAGAAAUUCAUGAUGGUGAUGUUAAACCAGUACAGAAAAGAUAUUCUUUCAUGUUUGUCCAUACAUAAAAAAAUGGCUCACAGAAAGCAGAUUCUUGUCAAGUCAUAAACGC